AUGCACGAGCUGCUACUCUUCGGGCAGGUGCCUCGUGAGCGCCAUGAGCAGGUCCUCAGUGUCCUCACCGGCGUUGCUGCCAUGCCACCGCGGCGCGUACUGGAACGGCACGUGACAUACAGACCCACAGCAGACCGGUAUCAGCAAGCUCAGACGGGGGGCAGUCAGGGCUUGCAGGAUAAGAGACAGCAGGCUCUUCUGACUCAGCUCAACAAAGAUCUGUACUACACGCAGCUCGUUCAGACUCUCACCGAGCAAGAUUUCCGCGGCGCGAAAGAAGAUGCACAAUCAUCAGGAGAUACGAAUGUUGGGCGAAGUGGCCCUGAUGAUGGGGAGGUGAGUCGAGUUCAAGGCUCGUGGGUAAUACAAUUCAACGAUCUGCCAGAGCCUGGUGACAAGCGGCCGGUUACGUUGAGAUAUACAGCCACGACUGACGUCGUUGACGGCAAUCCGCAUGAGUACAUGACAGCACUCGGCUACAGUUACGUUUCUGAAUAUAUCCUAGAGGGGCACCGGCUUCUCCAUAAGGACAUCGUUAUUCUACUGCACCGUAUCCUGCGUCUACCUCCCGGAACCACACCGGACCACUCUCCGAGACACCUUCUUCCGGCGUUCGAUGCGCUUGUCCCCCUUGACCCAAGUGGUUCCUACAUCUUGCGGGCGUGCUUUCGCCUCCAGGAUGGCACGAAGCCGGAGAUGGUCAGAAAAGGAACCGAAGAAUUGAUGGGCCUCAAGCAGUUGAUGAAGGGAGUUGUCGACCUCAGUCCUGCCAACAGGCUCUCUCUGGAUACGCGGGUCAAGUUUUUGCAGCACAAGGUCGAGGAGAAGAAGACUGUUCAGUUGCCUGUGCUGGGCGGGAUCUGA